CCGGCCCGGCCGCUCUUUGUCUGCGGAGGAGAAGGAGCGAUGCGGCUGCUGCCCAGGCUGGCCUGGGCCCUGCUGGCCCUGCUGGCCCCUCUGCUCGCCCCGCUGCUGGCCCGGGGGCUGGCGGCCGAGCUGAGCUCUCCCGAGCGCUCCUUGCUGCGCUCGCUGGGGCUCAGCUCCAAGCCCAGCCCCCGCAGCCCCGGGCCCGUGCCCGCCGUGCUCUGGAGGAUUUUCCACGGCAGGAAGGAGCUGCCCGGGCCGCAGCGAGAGCCGGACGCGUGCAGGGUGGAGGAGUUCAACGUGCCCGGGAACAUCGUCCGCGUGUUCGCUGACCAAGGCCGUUUCCUCCCCGAGGGGCAGCCCCAGGCGUGGCUGUGUCUGCGGAAGCUCCUGUUCUUCAACCUCUCGGCGCUGGAGGAGGGCGAGCGCCUGACCAUGGCUCAGCUGGAGCUCCGCUUCCAGCACAGCUCGUACCAAAGCCCCGGGCCGGGCCGCGCUCUGGAGCUGCGGCUGUACCAGGCGUCCCCCCGGGGGCUGCCGCRGCCCGGCCGGAGGCCGCUGGUGGAGCGGUCAUUUGUCCAGCUGCACAAAUCGCUCGUGUUCAMCCUGAGCGCGGCGCUGAGGGCCGGCCGGGCGCCGGGCGGGGAUUUGGCCUUGGUGCUGGAGAUCGCUCCGAGCGGCCGGGCCGGGCUCGCCGGGAGCCCGCGGAGCCUCUGCGGCGGCAGCGAYGCCCUGGAAGCCACCUCGCUGCUGGCGGUGACCCUGGGCCGGCAGUGCCGCGCUCCCCGAAGCCGCAGGAGCGCCCCGCGGGCCCCGCUCGCCCCCAGCGCGCUGUGCAAGCCCCGCCGCCUCUACAUCAGCUUCAGCGACGUGGGCUGGCACAAGUGGAUCAUCGCCCCGCAGGGCUACCUGGCCAACUACUGCCGCGGCGAGUGCCCGUUCCCGCUGGCGGCGGAGCUCAACAGCACGAACCACGCGGUGCUGCAGACCAUGGUGCACUCGCUGGACCCGCAGGGAACGCCGCAGCCCUGCUGCGUGCCCGUGCGCCUCUCGCCCAUCUCCAUCCUCUACUACGACAACAGCGACAACGUGGUGCUGCGCCACUACGAGGACAUGGUGGUGGACGAGUGCGGCUGCAGGUAG